CUGCCCUUUCUGGCCUCUGUCCUUGCAGAUGUGUCUUAGUCUUUCAGCAGCAAACUACUUUCACCCAAGAUGGGUUCCAGACCCCCCGGCCUGCUAUUCCUAACUAGCCUCCUACACAUCUGGCAUUGUGUCGGAGGACAGGGGUCAUACAUCAUAGAUCGUGUUGGCCUCACAGUCGAACCCAGAAACACAGUUCAGAGCGGGACACCGGUGAGGCUACGCUGCCAGGUCAGCGUCAGUCACAGCAACAUCCCUCACCUGAUACACAGUUUCCAGUUCACACAGGACGAUGUUCCUAUCUACUCCAGCAACGUCACAAAAGACACAGUCGUAUAUGAGAUCAACCCAGCCAGAGCUGCCGACUCUGGAAACUAUGAAUGUCGAGUCGCAGUCAAGGACAAAAGCAAAACCAGCACCAGCCAGAAACUGGAUGUGACAGGCUUGCAGAUCCCCACUCUACAUUUGGAUACUCCUUCAUUCUAUGAGAAUGAGGAGUUCAAAGCCACCUGCAGUGCUCCUGAGGAGAAAGGACCCCUCACUUUCCGGUUUUACAAGAGAUUUAGGUCCGGAAAACCUGAGAUAAUAAAGCAUCUAUCACCAGGGGGGAACUCAUCAACGACCACGCUAAGACUGAGUCACAUUGGAAAUGGCUUUCUGUACUGUGGCUAUGAAAUCAACUUGGUUUCCGGGACCCGUCAGUCCAACAAAAGCAAAGAGAUUCCAGUGUUAGUCAAAGCACUCCACAUUACCCCCAUCAUGAAUGUGCUUCCCACCAGUAAUGUCUCUGAGGGUGAUCUCAUAGAGGUGGUCUGUAAAGUUGUGAACCCUCCAAGAAACACUGAAGUAUUCCUAACAAAGGACAAAGCGAUCCUCAAGCAGGCCAAAGCUGGAGCACUGACACAUACAUUUACUGUUCAAGAAGGUGACUCUGGAGAGCUUGUGUGCAAAGCGGAGUGGGGUAGUGUGCAGAAAGAAGCCUCUCUAACAAUCACAGUCAAGGAACUGUUUUCAAAGCCACGGCUGGCUGUGAAGCCCACAGACAUAUUUGAAGGAGACCGCUUCAAAGUGACCUGCUCUGUUUCCAUUUAUGAUCCCGAGAAGAUCGAAAGUGAAGCCAUGCAGUUCUCGAUCUACAAAGAUAACGUUAAAGUCGCAGGUGCUGACACAUAUAUGACUGUGGCACGGCCUUCUGCAAAUGGCAACUACACCUGUAGAGCCAAUUAUGCUUCUCUGAAACACACUAUUAUGAAGGAAAGCCAAACACAUACUGUUAAGGCCAAAGUUGCUGUUUCUGAGCCCGUGCUGGCUGUGGAGGGAGGUACACUGUUGUUGGGAAAGCCCUUCCAGUUGAGCUGUUAUUGCAAGAGAGGCACUCUGCCCAUUGAAUACACCCUGUUCGUCCCUCGCAAGCCAAAUGAGAACAAAACUGUGAGGAUGCCGGGUGAAAAGGCUAUCUUCAACCUCCCACCCUUCACUGAAAGGUCAGACUUAAAAAACAUUCUUUGCCAUGCAAGAAACAGUCAGCAGAAGCCUCCAGUGAUAGGAACAGGACAGCAACUAUUGAAUUCAACCAACAUCAGAGAGCCUGUGUCAAAACCACAGUUGACCACUAUUCCUAGAAUUGGGGACAUCUCUGAGGGGUGCAACAUGAGUCUUGUCUGCUCCGUUCAGAGAGGAAGUCCUCCCAUUAACUUUACCUGGUACAGUGAGACAAAGGGUUUCCUUCAUUCCCGAACCUCCUCGGAACAGAAAGAAUCCUACAGCAUGGACAAUGUCAGAGGAGAUCAUAGUGGAGGAUACUACUGUGUGAGCACAAACCCAGCUGGAGAGACCCAACAGAGUGCCACCAUCAUAAUUGGAGUGAAGAUGGCUGGCUGGAAGAAGGGUCUUAUUGCAGUCUUUUGCAUCCUCUUCAUACUGGCCUUUAUCUUCAUCCUUUUCUUCAAAAAACGCCUCCCUAGAUUAAAGAAAAGAGGACCUGUCGCCCUGUUAGUGAAGUCAGCCGGCACCAAAGUAGAGCGGCUGAGCCUCACCCAGGCAGAGUACAAUGAAGCAAAUGCAACUCCAGGCAUGAUCGGGAAAAGUAUUUGGAGUGAGCAUGCAUCAGUCUCUGAUUCUGAUGACAAUAGUGGUACAAAUACUUCAGAAAAGCCAGAGCCUCAGUACAGUGAGGUGCAGCUAAGACAGGCAGAUCCAAACAAAGUUCCAGAGGAACAGGACACAGGCACGGUGUAUAGUGAAGUACGUAACUCCCAGCAAGGUGUCCGAACGCUGCCUGAUGGUCAGGUGUCAGUGGAAUAUGCAGAACUGAAUCAUGACACCGAUCACCACAGUGACCCAAAUAACCAUGGUUACCAUGGCGUUAAUGAUGACCACACAGAUGACAACAGUGUUAGCAUGAACAGCACUGUCAAUGGGGAAUGACUCAACUAGAAUAUUUGUUCUCAUAUUUAUCCAGCUUGUGGCUCAGAGUCUUUGUGCGCACAGAUCUCAUAAGCUCAUUUUUUCAGUAAUGCUUUGAAAAGUAUUCCACACUGUACAUGUACUUGCUUUGAUCAGUAAA